CUGCAAACGGGCAUCCGAGCCAGUCCGAGCCAAAAAAAAAAAAAACAGGAACCACAUUAUUUUCGGGUGUCUUUGCAAUGUUACCGAAGAUAUCUCUACACCGCCUGCUUUGAUUUCGUCGAAGUUGUCGUCUCUCCAGACGUCGACCACAAAACCCAAACAAGAAAUUAAUGCAUCUUGCUCCGCGUUCCUGUUUGUUUUGACCUGUGUAGCUAGAAGGGAAUCCUGCUAGAGGGAUUAGCGGUCCGUCAAUGAGGAACUACCGGCUCAUCUUCUGCCACAACCUGAAGCAGCCAUAGAUGGUUCAGUGGUUCACUGGCCAGGGGAGGAGAGGAUAGGACACACUUUCACUGCUACACGACGUGAGGUCUUGGCGGGUUUGUGGUGAGGAGGAGGAGGAGGAGGCCAUGAGGAAGAGCGUGUCUCUGUUGCCAGGCAAUGAGGGCGGGAGCUCAGCCAGCACCACACGGGUUUUUGGCGUUCCAUUGGAGGAGGUGUCACGCACACACACAAUCAGUGGCCACGAGGUUCCUGCACUGGUGAAACACAUUGUCGACUACAUUGAGGAGCACGGUCAUCUGGACCUGGAGGGGCUCUUCCUGGUUAAUGGCAACGCAGAGCGUGUGGAUUGGCUGCGUCAGCGCUACGACAGUGGUGAAGAGGUGGAGCUAGAGAAGGAGGCAGACCUGGCAUCAGCGGUCAGUUUGCUCCGACUCUUCCUGCAGGAGCUUCCUGAGCCCGUUAUACCAACAGCGAUACAGGGACACAUACUACAGCUACACCAAGAGUACAGUAAUGAAGAGGAGCUGUGUAGAAACUUGAAGUACCUGCUGCAGCAGCUUCCCCAGCUGAACUACGGCCUGUUGCGUUUCCUGUGCCGCUUCCUGGCCAGUGUGGCAUCACUUCAGCAGGAGAGCUGGAACGUUGGGGCGCUGGCCGCCGUCUUCGGACCAGACAUCUUCCAUCUGUCAUCAGAAGGAGAGGACCUUCGGGACCAGGAGUCUGUCAGCAGAGUCCUGGCAGAGCUGUUAGACAACCAGGAGGGCCUAUUCGACUCAGAGGACGAUGACGUCUCCACUACGAACGACUACAGCUCCAUUAAUGAACAGAUCACAGAGCUGUUGGAUGACGACAAGUGUGAGCCAGAAUGUGAAGAGCUGCCUCAGGACGGGGAGGAGGGUCCUGCCUCCUCCGACUCACCACAACACACACACACUGAUGACAGCCCUGCAGCCAGCUCCAACCUCUCCCCUAUAUCCAUCCUGCCUGCUGACUCUGCUGAGAUAAUUCAGCGAACCAUCAGGGCUGCAGUGGAGCAGCACUUCUUUGAGCUGAAAACCUCCAUCGACCAAGACCUCAGCAACUACGACAGCCCGGGGGUGAGUCCCAGUGAGCCUGCUGAAGAGGGUUGCCAUGGAGAUGAGGAACAACAAACGGACCCUGAGGACAGUCCCUGCGACACAGAAGGGGAUACCCCACUCACAGAAAAUGAGCAACACAUACAACAAAGCCAGACCGUCACACAGGAUUCACCGGACUCUGGUGCCACCCUGGAGGAGAGCUUAGGAAUGGACCUGGAUGCAGAGGCUGUCAGAGAUGCUGAGAACAACAUCAGUACUGCCAGGCAGGACAAUCAAACCUGUGACACCAUGGAGCAGACCGACACUAUAAGCUGUGACUUGAGUUCAUGCCGCUGCGAUCAGAACGCCAACACCAGCGAGACCAAUAGGAAUCACCUGUCGCCAUGCCAACCAAACUCUGGCCACAACCCCCACCUCCAACUCUUUCCUGACAACCAGUGGGAAGCGUCACCUCCCUCUCAUCUCCACCUCCCUCCCAUAGACUUCUCAUGUAUGCAUCUGCAAAAAGAAGGCCAAGACCCCAUCCCGGCUUACAAAUCCUGGCAGGAUGACAGCGAGAGUGGAGAGGCACAGCUCUCCCCCCUGGCUGGUCGCAUGGUUCCUCUCCCCCCGCUGCCCCUGGAGGAGGAAGGUGAGGAUGAGGAGGGGGAGGGAGGGCAGGACGCCUCCCCCUCUUCUUCACGCUCCCACCCUCACCUUCUAGCCCGACGCUUCCUCGACUUUGGAGCGCACGGUGCCCAACGCUUCCUCCAGCAGGACCCAGACGCCACCUCACCCACCAAAGCACAGAGUUUGUGGUGCACUUUGAUCAGGCCGCGGCGAGCAUCGUUUGGCUCCAAAGAGGCGAUGAGAGGAGGAGAUUCAGUGACCCACCAACUCACGAAGAAGCUACAACACCUGAAGAAGAAAAUCAAACAGUUUGAAGAGCAGUUUGAGAAGGAGAGGAACUAUAAGCCCUCUCAUGGAGACAAGGCAGCUAACCCCAAAGUCCUCAAGUGGAUGACCGACCUCACCAAGAUCCGCAGGCAGAUUAAAGGACGCCAGCACCACCUUUUACCCAGAAGCACGCUGAGGCACCAGGCUUUGCUCCAUUCACACAGACGCCACCAUGCUCCCUCCUCCCCUUCCUCCUCCUCCUCUAUCUGCUCACCUCCCCAUCACACACUCACCCCCCCGCUCCACCCCUACUCAGGCCUGAGCUCUAGACCGUUUCACCUCAAUGCCAAACACCGUGCAGAGAGCGAGCUCGGCCCCCAGACUCGUCCUCGGAGCAACACCUUGCCCAAGAGCUUUGGCUCCACACUGGAUCAGGGUGCCUGCGAUACAGCGGGGGAGGUCAAAGGUCAGCGUCCCACCAGGGAGGAAACACUGGAGCUGAUCCAGCGCAGGGUCAAAGGGAAGCGGCAGGAGGACGGCUGGCCUGAUGACAUCAAAAAGAUGACAAAGGAGCAGUUGUCCUGUGAGAAGACAGUCCUGCAGAAGAACCUGCUGCACUAUGAGGGCCUGCACGGUCGACCGGUGACCAGAGAGGAACGUCUGGUGGUGAAGCCUCUCUACGAUCGCUACAGAUUGGUCAAACAGAUGCUCACCAGAGUUAGCAUCACACCUGUCACAGUGUCCCCUUCCAGUAAGAGGCGGAGUCAGACCCUCCAGCCAAUCAUAGAGGGUGAAACUGCUCAUUUCUGGGAGGAGAUCAAAGAGGAGGAGGAGGACGAGCGUAAAGGUGGUGGUGGAGAAGAAGAUGAUAGGGAGGAUGAGAGGGAGGAGGAGGAAGAAGAUGAGGAAGAGGAGGGAGAGAGCAGUGGUGGGGAGAUGCAGAGCUCCGAGGUCAUCAUGGCCGUUGACCUUGUGUCCCCGACCGACAGGCAAGUGAGGAGCCAGAACCAACCUGACAGCGACGGCGACUGUCCAAUGAGAGCCAAGCUUGAGGAAGGGUCAGGGAGGCUGGCGCUCGACCUGCGACUCUCCAGCUCCAAUGCCUCAUCCAUGCCAGAGCUGCUGGAACAGCUGUGGAAGGCCCGUGCAGAGAAGAAGAAACUGAGGAAGACCAUUAGAGAGUUUGAAGAAGAUUUCUAUCAGCAUAAUGGAAGAAAUGUUCAGAAGGAGGACCGGGUGCCGAUGAUGGAGGAGUACAGAGAGUACAAGAGGAUCAAGGCCAAACUCCGGCUCCUGGAAGUCCUCAUCAGCAAACAGGAUUCCUCCAAAUCCAUCUAGACCCGCCCUCCUCAGACACCCGCUAACCACGCACACAUCAACCGUCAUCGCUGCUGAGAGGACCCGCCCAGGACGUCCACCAGUCUGUCGGACAUCAUCACGCCUGGAAGGGAUUCACAAGCACUCCAGCUAACAGUAACCACAACAAGGCGAGUCGAGACUAUCAGUCAGACUUCAUGAUCCCUGCUUGGUCUGGUGCAGUCAUGUCAUGGAGAAAACUAAAUUAGAGUGACGUGCUGGGUCAGAGUUACAGUAUACUUUCUUUUUACUUUCCUUCCUGAAUGCAGGAAAUUUUCCAGUAACAUUCUGAGGGACUUUCAGACCUUACCUGUUCUUUAACAACAGGAACCAAGGUGAAGUUUUGCUUCUUGAGUCAUAGUUUCUGCCCAUAGAAAGUCCCUGAGGUAGUACUUUCUGAUGGCCUAGAAACCAAUCAACUAUUUAUGACUGGUCGAACAGCACACAACAAGACUGCUGCUGUUUGUGUACACCAUUCAUUCGGACUGCAACCAAACCCUGGUUGUUGGUAAUAUCAGUAUUAGAACGAGGGAAGGAGAAAUUCUUCCUGACAAGUCAAGAAAAAGUAGUAAGCAAAUUAUUUAACAGAAACAUUUCAAACGCUUUUUACUACUUAGUUGGUCUAAUCUGCCAAAUCUUUGCAAGUCUUGUGGCAAAAAGUAAAGAUGAACGUGCUACAAUCACUUUUAGCUGAGUUAAUCUGUGGUGUUUGUAGUUAUUUAGCUAAAAUCUGUUCUUUUUAGCAUUUUGACCACAAAAAUCACUCAAAACCUAACUUUUGUUCAUUUAAAAGAAUACAUCAUUAUCUAUAUGCGACUACAGCUAUUUUUCUUUGUUCAGUAAUAUGGACAAAGGUGACAUUUCCCCAUGACAUGACUGCAGCACCACUACCAGUCAAACUUAAAUUCGCUCCGAUCAGCCACAGCAAAUCUCUGCUGCCUCAUCCGACUUCAUAUCAUCUAAAACACGGCCGCAGGUUAAAUACAGAGAAAAAUGAAUCAUCACUGUUCGUCUUCAUCAUCCCACCAACGUGACAUAAGACUUUGCACUUGUCUUCUCGUGUUUCAUUUCCUCAACUUCUGAGGAAAAAUAACAAACAUUCUGACUUUUUUAUUUCACAAACUUUUCUCUUGUCGAUCUUUGUUCUUCACGUUUUUUUUUCCUCCACGCCGAGGAAUCUUAUCGGACAGCUCUGGACUGGCAUUUUAGACUCUCUUCAUUCAAGACACGCGUUUGUUUGUUUGGGACGUUGUUCAGUGUGAAAAGUCCCUCUUUCUCCUUGCUUCAGCGAGUCAUGAUUUCUUAAACCUGCCUCCUUGGUGCGAGGCGAAUGAUUAUUUUAUUCUGUCCGUAGAACUUCAUCUAACAUCUUCAUAUCCCGGAUGCUUCUGACUGAUUUUAAAAUUAAUUCACAAAGUUUAAAAACAUGUUUGUGCGUGUAUUCUUGUUAAAAAAAAAAAAAAAAA